AAGGUCUGCGUCACUGGCGCGCGCCGGGGGGAAAGUUGACAAGACGCAUGGCUGCGGGCGGCUCGGAGGCUCCGCGGCCCAAAGCGGCCCCGGAGGGGCAGGUGCCUUGCCUGGAGCUGCCGACCUACGCGGCUGCCUGCGAGCUGGUGCACGGCCGCUACUCCUGCCUGGUGGCCGGGCCGCACCGCCGGCACAUCGCGCUGUCGCCGCGGUACCUGCACAGGAAACGCACCGGCAUCCGCGAGCAGCUGGACGCUGAGCUGCUGCGCUACUCGGAGAGCCUUCUAGGUGUCCCCAUAGCAUAUGACAACAUCAAGGUCGUGGGGGAGCUGGGGGACAUUCACGACGAUCAGGGACACAUCCACCUUAACAUUGAAGCGGAUUUUGUCGUUUUCUGUCCUGAACCAGGACAGAAGCUUAGGGGUAUGGUUAAUAAAGUGUCUGCCAGCCACAUUGGCUGUCUGGUCCAUGGGUGUUUUAACGCGUCCAUCCCCAAACCUGAGCAGAUGUCUUCUGAGCAGUGGCAAACCCUGGAGGUCGAUGUGGGUGAUGAGCUGGAGUUUGAAGUGUUUCGGUUAGACUCCGAUGCUGCUGGAGUGUUCUGCAUUCGAGGAAAAUUGAACGUCAGCAGUUUACCAUCCAAGCGCUCUGAGGUUUCUGAGCAAGUCACAGAAACUAGCCCUGAAGAAGCUGUUGAAAAACCUGCUAAGAAGAAAAAGAAAAAGAAGAAAGAGCCAGACACCUGUGACGUGGACAGUGGUGUCCCUGAGGCAGAGCCAGCCGAGUGUGCGGACGCUGUCCCCUCGGCAGAGGAGCAGGACCUGCAGGCUGCAGAGCCUGUGAAUGGCCUCUGCGAGGGAGAGCCACGGAAGAAGAAGAGCAAGAAGAAGAAGCGUCAGGAGGAUCCUGGGCAGGACCCUGUGUUCCAGGGCAGUGACUCCAGUGGUUACCAAAGUGACAAUAAAAAGAAAAAGAAGAAGAGGAAACACAGAGAGGAGGCUGAACUUACAUCGAUUUUGGAAUGUCCAAAACCGAAAAAGAAGAGAGAAAAGUAAUUGUCUUUAAUGCGUUUUAAAUAUAUUCAGUUUUCAAAACACUGGUUAUAUAUAAUGAAUGAAUAAAUGUUUCCAAUGACAUGAAAUGCCUGUGUGUACCAGUAGUUUACAAAACAGGGACUGCUAAUUCCAGAGUUGGAAUAUUUUUGUACUAAAACUACAAAAUUGUCUAUAAAUAUAUUUGAGGAAUUCCAGUGUUACUAAGGUCAUUUUAUUAUGUGCAGAAAAGCAGAAGAAAGCUGUUCUCACUGCUACUUUAACAUUUUUCCAGUUUUUACAUUUUGCAUAAAGUUGUUUUAAUAAUCUGAAGACUAAUAGAGGGUUUUAUUAUACAACAUCAUUUGUAUCAUUACAUAAUUGCCUGAUUUUUUUUUCCUUUGUACUAGGCAUCCCCUUGAGUCAUUGCAUAUCAUUCUAUUUUACCACUUUCAGGUUUUCCUUUGUCAUGACUUGCACAGCAUUUCUGCUCUCUGACUCAGAGUGGUGUGCCACAGGGAUUGUGAUGUCCCAGAAUGUGAGCCAUGCCGCUGCUGAUGGGUGGCUGGGAGACAUGUGCACUGUCCGUUCCUGGCAGGUGCAGCUGUGCUGUUUGCCUUUUCCCAAGCCGAGGUUGAUGAGGAAGACAGUGGCCCUGUGCCUGUUGGUGCGCCUUAGGCUUCUUGGUUUUGUUUCAUGUCGGAGGAGUAGAAUUUGAUGAAGACAGGAUCCAUGUGGUUCUCACUGCUGGGAAAUCUCCUAUGUUAACUAUUGUGGUAGGCCACUAGAGACUGUUCUGAAGAGAACACAGAUGUUCACUCUUCCUGGAGAAAGAGGGAAGUAAAAUUGGUUCGUUGCAGAACACUGAGUGAUGACAAGCUGAUUGAAGUCAGUGAUACCUGGCCAUAUUCAUUUGUCUGGAAGCUAUGGGAUCAUCUAUGUGUUAGAUGUGGUCCCUUCCAUCAUGAAGGAACACAUGGAAAACAAGUCAUUGUGUUAAGAGGAUGUGUCAAGUUUUUUAUGCCGUUUAUCUGGAAAUGUGCUGGUCUCCCAGUUCAGUGUUGCAUGAUGACAUUCUGCAGCUGGUAGGUCCUUGCCUAAAGUCCACAGGGAAUAGCAUUUUGAGAGUGGCAGCCAAUUUGCAGCUUUGACAAUGGAAGCUCGAAGGCCAGUGUGUUCCAGGACAAUGGAGAAUCAUGUGACUCUUCAUGUCUUGAAAGGCGGCUACUGUGAAUUGAAAUACGAUGCCAAUAUCAGCUGUAUGCCAGAUUUUCAGGAAAUACAAAGAUGAAUGUCAAGUUUUUCAGUGUUUAUAUUGGUAAACUACAAUGUUUUUGGAGUAGUGGCUUAAUUAUUGUAACUUCAGCCAUUAUUUUUCAGUUGUUUUUCUACAGAAAUAUUGAAAACUGAGCAGGAGGCUUCUGUGUGUGGACAGUACUUUUAAAGGAAGUAUGAGUUGAAAAAGUUGAAAUAAGCUGU